AAACUCUACACUGAGCCUUGGCCGGGUGCUGGUCUCUGCUGACGUGUAGACCAGAUAUCCUUAUUUACAUAUGAUGAUGAGCCGCCAGACCGCAUCGUAGCUGUUCUUCCAGAUAACCUCUCUGUGUGUGUGACACUUAAGUGUGAGCUCCUCAUCUGAACGGACGCACAGCAUGGCAGCGCAAGGUGCAUUUCACUGGACGCAAGCAGCCGCCGUGCUGCCGCUGCUGCUGCUGCUGAUGUCUGGAGUCGUGCCUGCUUCCUCCGAGACGAGCAGAAAUUACUAUGAAACACUCGGAGUGGAGCCAACUGCAACUGACAGCCAGAUAAAGAAGAGCUUCCGCACGCUGGCCAUAAAGUACCACCCUGAUAAGAACAAGAGCGCCGAUGCAGAGAAGGCUUUCAGAGAGAUUGCUGAAGCCUACAAGGUGCUCUCCAACGAGGAGAAGAGGAGGCAGUAUGACAGUGUGGGCCACGAGGCCUUCCUAAAAGAUGGCACUUCUGUCAACCCUGAGGAUCAACAUGACACGGUUUUCGGCUUCAGUUUUGCCGACUUCUUCCGCCACUUUGACAACAGCGCUUCUGACGCAGAAAUGCCCCACUUCCAGUGGAGCUUUCAUCCGGAUGGAGAGGAUGCUGCCAGUGUAUUUGAAAAUUUCGUAUUUGAAGAGUCCGACUUCAGCUUCCCUUCCUGGGAUGAGGGUGAAGAUCACCAGUAGAUAUCUGGUAUUUUUAACGUGUGUACUGUAUGGCAUUUGUGUUUGAAUGAAUUGUCUUUCUGUUGACAAUAAAGUCUAUAUUUUGAAUUGA